AUGUUGGGGUUGAUUUAUGUCAUCCUGCUGCCACCAGUCAGUCUGUGCUGCCACCAGUCAGUCUCUGCUGCCACCAGUCAGUCUCUGCUGCCAUCAGUCAGUCUCUGCUGCCACCAGUCAGUCUCUGCUGCCGCAAAUCAGUCUUUGCUGCCAUCAGUCAGUCUCUGCUGCCACCAGUCAGUCUCUGCUGCCACCAAUCAGUCUCUACUGCCAUCAGUCAGUCUCUGCUGCCACCAGUCAGUCUCUGCUUUUGCCACCAGUCAGUCUCUGCUUCUGCCACCAGUCAGUCUCUUCUGCCACCAGUCAGUCUCUGCUGCCACGAGUCAGUCUCUGUUUCUGCCACCAGUCAUUGCAGCUGCCACCAGUCUCAGCAGCUGCCACCAGUCAGUCUCUGUUUCUGCCACCAGUCUCAGCAGCUGCCACCAGUCUCAGCAGCUGCCACCAGUCUCAGCAGCUGCCACCAGUCUCAGCAGCUGCCACCAGUCUCAGCAGCUGCCACCAGUCUCAGCAGCUGCCACCAGUCUCAGCAGCUGCCACCAGUCUCAGCAGCUGCCACCAGUCUCAGCAGCUGCCACCAGUCUCAGCAGCUGCCACCAGUCUCAGCAGCUGCCACCAGUCUCAGCAGCUGCCACCAGUCUCAGCAGCUGCCACCAGUCUCAGCAGCUGCCACCAGUCUCAGCAGCUGCCACCAGUCUCAGCAGCUGCCACCAGUCUCAGCAGCUGCCACCAGUCUCAGCAGCUGCCACCAGUCUCAGCAGCUGCCACCAGUCUCAGCAGCUGCCACCAGUCUCAGCAGCUGCCACCAGUCUCAGCAGCUGCCACCAGUCUCAGCAGCUGCCACCAGUCUCAGCAGCUGCCACCAGUCUCAGCAGCUGCCACCAGUCUCAGCAGCUGCCACCAGUCUCAGCAGCUGCCACCAGUCUCAGCAGCUGCCACCAGUCUCAGCAGCUGCCACCAGUCUCAGCAGCUGCCACCAGUCUCAGCAGCUGCCACCAGUCUCAGCAGCUGCCACCAGUCUCAGCAGCUGCCACCAGUCUCAGCAGCUGCCACCAGUCUCAGCAGCUGCCACCAGUCUCAGCAGCUGCCACCAGUCUCAGCAGCUGCCACCAGUCUCAGCAGCUGCCACCAGUCUCAGCAGCUGCCACCAGUCUCAGCAGCUGCCACCAGUCUCAGCAGCUGCCACCAGUCUCAGCAGCUGCCACCAGUCNAAUACUCUCUGGUCUUCAAUGA